AUGGACCGACUCAUCCUACUUCGAGACACUCCGCUUUGUCUAACUAGAUGGAACGACACAAAAAAACAAAGCUUAUUCUCCGAACUGCCCUCACCAGAAAAUAUAUCCCUGAAGAAUGAAAUCACAAUCCUCCGUGCCAUCCGCGCGCACGCUGCCACUCACCACGCUCAAGACCGCUUCUUCCACCUGUUGGACUGGGAUGAGAGCCGUACUAUACCCCAAUGGUUCACCACCACGACAUUUGCACUCGGGUUCGGAUGUCCCCUCGAGGCACUGCAGUGUGUGUACCCCCGUUUGCCAGAGGAGUUUGCAUGGCUGGUAUUCGUGCAGUUGCUCGAGGCACUGGAAUUUUUGCACAGAGUCUGUCAGCCGGCGGUUGUACAUGGGGAUCUGGUUGCUGGAAAUAUCAUGAUCGGGUAUGAGGGUGAGUUUGACGAUUAUGGGGGCUUGCAUAGUUUACCCAAGAUUAAACUCAUUGACUUCGAGGGUGCGGCGUAUUGUAGUAGGCGGGAGGGGGAGGCUGCGGAGAGGUACGAUGCGAGCCUGGCACAUACCGCUUCCCAGCCUUUCACAGCGGAUGUGUUGGGGUGCAUUGAUAUCUUGUACGGCAUUCUCGCGCGUCACCCAAGUAUCGCGGAUCCUGUGGCCCCUAAGCUCCAAGAUGCCCGUGCUUUCCCUGAUGUCCAGGCUGACGACGCCAAGUUGCAUUUACUAUUUCAAACCUUGGAGGCAAGCUGGACACGGGGGUGUGGCAAUAAACCGUGGGUUUUGCAGAGUUUGUAUGGGUAUUUUGCGCCGUAUGCGUAUACGAAGCUUGCGGAAAUUGAGGAGGCUGCCGAGAGGGCGAUGUGGGAUGGAAUUUGUGAUGGGGCGGGGGAGAAGUUUAGGGAGGUGAAGAGGUGGUUUGCCGCGUGA